UUUUACAUAAUACAUAAAACACAUUGAUCUAUCAUCAUUAUAGCUGUUUGUUCAGCACUUGUUUUCUGCUCUUAUGUUUAAGGCAUUUUAAGUGUUAUUUAAUGAACCAUGAUGAGGUAGCGGUGGAUAUUGUCAGCUAGCCUUUUUUGCACAUGCCAUUUUAAUAAUAAAGCUAGAUGCUCUCAUAUGGAAUAUAAACCUGUCAGGGCAAACGGUGAGAUUUAACUGUUCCCUUUGAGGUUUUUAAUUGCAUGUAAACAUAAUUUAUCAUUGCUUCAGCUCGGUGAGUGGUGUCUUCUCGCUCAAUUUGACAUUUGUUGGUAGGCACUUUCUAAUGUUAGUUUUUAUAAAUGAAAUUAAGACGUGUACAUAUUUAAACUGCACUUUCUGAUUUUAUUCAUUAAUCCCUGCCGGUUUCUGAUUGUUGGUUUGAUAAUUACUGUGAUUACCAGCAGGUGAUAUUGCAACAGGGUUGCAUCAUCCUUCUUGCAGUUGUUCAUUGUCUUGUGAUGGCUAUGUCACAACCCUGGUUGCUUUAGUAUACCUUAGAGCGUAAAGAAGACUUUAGCAAGUAAUUUAGUAUAUGUCCAUCAAUUAACCAAGAUAUAUUUCAUUUUUAAAAACUGUAUUUUGAGAGAGGUGCUUUUAAGGAAGUAGACCGCCUAUUACGCACCAUCUGUUAUUCAAAUGUGGUUACUCAUUGACAGGACAUUACCCUCUUUUCUCAUCAGCGCUGGUUGUAAAAGUCGGCUCAUCCAUAUUGAGCUGCUCUCUGCAAUUAUAGCAGGACUAAUGGUCUUCAGUUAUCAGAGGCGCAUGCCUCAGAAUUAUGCAACUAUGUCACUGAAUUUUGAUGCAAUUAUGCCACAAAGAACGGACACAGCUUAAUGCUUGCUGGAAUGUUUGUGGGUAUUGGUAUGGUGCUUGGAUUUGCAGCAGUUUAUGAGGAAAUAUUGUUUAAGGAAUUUACAUUCAUGGCAUGUGUUGAAAAGAGGUAAGCUUUGCGCUUCUAAAUUUUAUUGAUAAUUUGCAUCUAUAAACUCCGUGCACCAUUUUUCUCAUAGCAGCAGUCUUUUAGCUUUGUGCUUUUUGACAAAGUCUUACCUUAGUCUUAAUCGGAAAGGUACACUAAAGAGGUCCACAAUGAUCUCCUUAACUGAAUUUGCACUUGCAAUGUGAAAUGCUGUGUUUUGUGAGUAAAUGUGCUGAGUUUUCAUGUAAGAUGCAUACAAGCUGUUCUUUCUUAGAUUAUUUGUUUAGCACAUACUCACAAAUGCACAUGGUUAUUCAUUCAGCUGAGACUUUUCCCUGACUUAGUCAGGAAAUAUUAUUUGUGUUAUAUAAUAUAUAUUGUUUUUAAUGUACUACAGCCAUAGUGUUUGUUAGGGAACACCAUCGUCUAUCUUGUGAUACAGAAUAGGAUUUCUGAAUAAUUGCUGGUCACUUGCCAAAAAUGGCUGAAGAUAAGAGAAAGGCUACUCCUUACCAGCACUUGACCUGUGACUGGUGUUAAUAUAUCUGCCCUAGUUGUUACGUUUUACUUGUCAAGCCUCUCUCAAAUACACCAUGCUUUUGAGAUGGUGAAUGUCUUGGCUUGCUGUAACUGGCAUAAUAGUACGCUGGCCGGCUUUGGCCAGAGGAGGAGGGAGAUGAUGGGGGAUGGCUACAGGUCCUGAGCCCUGCUCGCUGAGUUUCCGAUCAGCUCAAUCCGGGAUUAGUUCACUGACGGAGAUGGUGCUGACCCUUUGCCAAAUUGGGCCUUACAGCUACACCCAUUUACCCUGCUGGACAAACUGAGAGAUGGAGGCAUUCAUUGAAAAUUUUCCCUGGCAAGACGGCCCCUGGAACCAGGACCAGGUUGAGAGCAGAAAGUCAUUACUUCAAAAUCUGCCUUUAACAUUUGCUGCACCUAUUGUGCAAGGUUACUAGGACAUUGCUGUGUUUACUGUAUGGAGUAUUUAUAACAGCAGAUCAAGAGACUCCUGAGGCAAAUUCCUCCCGGGGAAUGUUUCCGCUGUUCUCGGGGGGACAAGCGGAGCAAUUACACAGUCUGUCUGAGUCGAGGAGGGAGCACUGUGUUAACCAUAAAGCGCACGUAAAGCUAAAAAAACCCACCGUUUCUGCUUUCAGGGGACUUCAGCGGGUGCAAGCCAGAGAGAUAAACUGGUCUCCCAUUGGCAGGUCCCUGGAUGCCCCGCGGCGAACUGUCCUCGGCCGCCCAGUUCUUCCCAAUGGCCGGGAGUUGACCAAGCCCACCAAGAUGACGCUGCGCGAGCAGCUGAGAGAGAAGAUUUCAGCGGCCUUCUACCGCCACGGGCUGCUGUGUGCCUCCUAUCCAGUACCCAUCAUCCUCUUCACCUCGGCCAGCAUCCUCACCUGCUGCUAUCCAUUAUUGAGGCUCCCCCUGCCUGGGACGGGUCCUGUGGAGUUCACCACAGGGCUGCGAGACUACAGCGUUCCUUUCCAUGAGCCUCAGGGUGACUUUGGAGAGCGCCCUGACUGGUACCGGGGUCCUCCGGUCGCCUACAUCCAGCAGGUGUUGGUGAAGGCAGCAGUGUCUCCAUGGGACAACAGCCUGGUGCCGGUGGAUGUCUUUCGGUCGCCUCUUGGGCGAGUCUUCAAUCUGCUGGAAGAGCUCCGCAACCAUGUUCACUCCGACAGCUCCGGCAUUCGCAGUCUGGAGUCUUUGUGUCUCCAGGUGACAGAUCUGUUUCCAGGGUUACGGCGGAUGCAGUCGGUGCUGCCAGAGCAUGGCUGCCUUCUUGUUUCUCCUGGCAACUACUGGCAGAACCAACGAGAGCUGUUUGACUCGGACCCCGACCCCCUCAAGACCAUCCAGAAACAUGAACCGAAAGGCUUGCACACCUCAGCGACAUUGCGAGACUUGCUGUUCGGGGUUCCUGUGAAGUACUCGGGGGUCAGUCACUACAACAGGAAGAGGGUGGUGACCUAUACAAUCACUGUAGUUCUAUCCAGUUAUGAUGCAAGGUUCCUAGGCAGCCUACGGGCCCGCCUGAAGCAGCUUCACCCAUCCGCCAACUGCACCCUCAGAGAUGACCACAUGGUUCACGUCCACUUCAAGGAGGAGAUCGGCAUUGCUGAGCUCAUCCCGCUCGUCACCACAUACAUCAUUCUUUUUGCCUACAUCUACUUCUCUACACGUAAGAUCGACAUGGUGAAAUCUAAGUGGGGCCUUGCUCUGGCUGCUGUGGUCACAGUGCUCAGCUCUCUGCUCAUGUCUGUGGGUCUGUGUACACUGUUUGGACUGACACCCACACUUAAUGGAGGUGAGAUCUUCCCUUAUCUGGUGGUGGUAAUCGGGCUGGAGAACGUCUUGGUGCUCACCAAGUCUGUGGUUUCCACCCCUGUCGACCUCGAGGUCAAACUGCGCAUAGCUCAAGGCCUUAGUAAUGAGAGCUGGUCUAUCAUGAAGAAUAUGGCCACUGAGCUGUGUAUUAUCCUCAUUGGAUAUUUCACUCUUGUGCCAGCUAUCCAGGAAUUCUGUUUAUUUGCUGUUGUGGGGCUGGUGUCUGACUUCUUCCUGCAGAUGUUUUUCUUCACCACUGUACUAUCUAUAGACAUUCGCCGCAUGGAGCUGGCUGACCUGAACCGCCGCCUGCCAGCUGAAGCAGGUAUGCCUCCACCCAAGCCAGGCCCCCUGCGUACACGUGAGGUACCCCCUCCACCGCGACCCUCUCCGCAUACAAUCACUCUGCAGACACCAGCCUUUAGAAACUUGAGGCUCCCCAAGAGGCUGCGUGUGGUGUACUUCCUGGCUCGCACGCGCCUGGCUCAGCGCAUCAUCAUGGCUGGCACAGUGAUCUGGAUUGGUAUCCUUGUGUAUACCGACCCAGCUGGAAUCCGCACCUACCUGGCUGCACAGGUGUCUGAACAAAGCCCCUUAGGCGACCCCGGGGGAGGCGGUCUGCCCCCACACCUGGGAGUGGCCCCGGUUUUUCGAGGUGGGGAUCCUACCAGCACCUUGAGCAUCCAUCGUGCACCAGAUCCAACUCCUUUACCUGAGAACCAAUCGCAGGGACAUCAUGGCCCUCCAAGGGCAGAGCCCAUUCCACAGUCCCCACCCGCUGUACCUCAGAUCACCUGGGGGGAGGAGGAUGAGGAGGGAUGGAGGAGACUGUCCUUCAGGCACUGGCCAUCACUCUUCAGUUACUACAACAUCACUUUAGCAAAAAGGUACAUUAGCAUCUUACCUGUCAUCCCAAUCACUGUUCAUCUGACACCCCAGGAGGCCAUUGACGCACGUCACCCUCAGGACACGAGACACCCUCAACCACCCAUUCUCAAGGUUUCUGCUGACUUGCAGACAGACCUCACCCUCUACAAGGUGGCAGCUCUGGGCCUGGCUGCGGGUGUCCUGCUGGUUCUGCUGCUCUUCUGUCUGUAUCGCGUUCUCUGCCCACGAAACUAUGGUCAGAAUGGUGUCCCUCAUGGGCGGCGGCGGCGAGGGGACCUGCCCUGUGACGAUUACGGCUAUUCACCACCUGUCAGCGAGAUCUCACCACUGCUGCUGAGGGGCCACAGUAUGGAUAUCGAGUGUUUGGCUAGCGAUGGGAUGCUGUUAGCUAGCUGCUGCCUGGCUGGACAGAUCCGGGUUUGGGACGCACAGACUGGGGACUGCUUGACUGUCAUUCCAAAUCAUGGGCUGAGGCGGAGCAGCAGCAGUGGCUGCUGGGACCAUCGGAAUGGCUGGGACAGCAUGACCGGGGCUCAAGAAUCAGAGUGUUUGAGUCCUGAACGAGACAUCUCAUUUAAUGGAGACGGGCUGACAGAGGACGAGCUCUACCCAGUAAGACGCCGCACCACGCCCAGUCGUCCCACUCUUUUCAUUGACCAGCCCGAUCUCACCCCGCUCAUUGACACCAACUUCACCUCCCAGCCCCCUUCCCACCUGUCCACCGCACCCAGAGCAGGCUUUGAUUUUGGAGGACUGGUGGAGCGUGCCUACAUGGAGCACGAGCCCCCAUCACCAUCUACCUACGCCUCUCCGUCCUCAGCCUCCUCCUCGCCCCCAUCAGGCACUCAACUCCAGAGGAGUCCGAGCUUAGGGGAAGCAGCUACACCUGUAAUCCAAGAAAGAUCCCCAAUGGCUGGGGCGCAAGCGGCAGGAGACUGGGAAAGUUCUGUCUGGGCCAUGGAGCUCAGAGGGAAUCUGAUAGCUGCCGGGAGGAGCAGCGGCAAACUGGAGCUGUGGGAUGCAGUGGAAGGGUGGCUACGCUGCAGCAAUGAAGACGGUGUUUCUGGGAUCACAGCUCUGGCCUUUCUCAACAACAGAAUUGUGGCAGCUAGGCUGAACGGGUCCUUAGAUUUCUUCACUGUUGAGAUGAACAAACCUCUGGGUCUGCUGCAGUACAGAGGUCCCCCUGGGCGAAGCAGCAUGCCUCAGUCUCCCUGUUACAGCAGUGAGGAUGUGAUCAGCUGCCAGCUCACACGCUCCGUACAGUGUGCUCACCAAAAGCCGAUCACGGUGCUUCGUGCAGCUGCCGGCAGAGUCGUCACUGGCAGCCAAGACCACACAGUCCGGGUUUAUCGACUGGAGGACUCUUGCUGCCUCUUUACCCUGCAAGGUCACUCUGGAGGGAUUACAGCCAUCUACUUAGACCAGACGAUGGUUCUAGCAAGCGGUGGGCAGGACGGCGCCAUCUGCUUGUGGGAUGUCCUGACAGGGAGCCGAGUCAGCCAUGUUUACGGUCACUGUGGUGAUGUCACCUCGCUGGUGUGUACAACCUCUUGUGUCAUCAGCUCAGGACUGGAUGACCUCAUCUGUAUCUGGGACCGCAGCACUGGAAUCAAGCUGUACUCAAUACAGCAGGAGGUGGGUUGCGGGGCCAGUCUGGGUGUGAUCUCAGAGUCUCUGCUGGUGACGGGGGGGCAGGGCUGCGUCUCCUUCUGGGACCUGAAUUUCGGCGACCUGCUGCAGACGGUGUACCUGGGUCAGAGUAGCGACGGUCAGGGUGUCCGGCAGCUGCUGGUGCUGGACAACGCCGCCAUCGUUUGUGACUUUGGCAGCGAGCUCAGCUUGGUCUACGUUCCCUCGGUGUUGGAGAAACUGGACUGAGAAGGGCUGGCAGCUAUCAGUGGGAACAGUCAAAGCAUCUAGUUUUUGCUUUGUUUCAUUGCUUCUGGUGUUUGGAUGAUGUGCGAUCAUUAGAUACAAGACUAUCUGUUUUAACAGCGAGGUGUUUUAAAGUCUGAAUAUCAUGAGGAAAAACUGGCCGUUGAGCCUACUGCGUUUUAUCAGAGCCAUCUUGCUGACGUUACGGAAGGUCGCGAGUUUGGUUAAGGUUGGAUUUUUCUCACUUGAAGGGAGCUCGCCAGUUCUGAGUUUGUGCUUUUUGUGCACGCACAUUUGUUUUUGCAGAUCUGCCCUCUAUGCUGCUCACACAGGGCGGGGGGAGGCUUGUGACCCCACCCACCCAGAGAGGAGGACCAUAGAGCUCCUCUUUUUUGUUUUGUUUUCUUUCUUUUUAAUAUUCCUGCUGUGCCGUGCGCUCAACAGCGAAGUGCAGCCACAGAGAGCUCGACAGGUCCAUCGCCUGCGGGGAUGAAUUGAGCGCGUGUGUGUGAGAGAGAGAUUGAUUGAAUGAGUUUAGACCCUUUUUAUAGUAAAACUGCUGAGAACAAAAGUUGAUUGGUUAUGUGUGCGUUUGUGUGAGGGAGAACCAAUGAUUACUGUAUAAAGUAAACCUCCAGAGGGGGCUGUUUUUAUGUCUACAUUUAUUAUUUAUUAGCGAUACUUUUUUUUUUUUUUUUCCCUUUUUGAGUAACAGUUUGUAUAUGAAUGACUAAUCACAGCUCUUAAAUAAGACCAUAAUAAUGUGGAAAAGGUGACUUAAAUGUAAGAAGGUGUUUAUUUGUUUGGCAGCACUGGGCUUUUGGUUGGUUGUAAUACUGAGGUGGAAACAUGUGUGUUUGUAGAUUUGGAGGCCGCAGGGAAGCAGAAAGGGUUCCUCCUUUACCCCAACCUCGGCCUCUGACUCUGGGGUUACUGAUGCUGUACGAGGGGCUGCUUUUCCCCAGUGUGUUACACCUUCAUCAGGCUACCUCCAAUUUUCAAAUAGCUUGAAUUUUGGAUGACUGAUGUUGCAAUUUUUUUAUUUUAUUUUUAUUUUUUUUAAUACAUUCUGUGCUUUAGAGAUUUUUUUUUUUUUUUUUUAAAUCACCAUUUAGCCAUAACUUGGUCACCUGAUAUCAUUUUUAAUCCACAAUCUUUAAUUCAAGCCACAAAGGGUGACAAAACCUUGUCGACUACUUGGAUCACGUUAGAUAUACUGUGUGUCUAUUUUUAGUUUUUGGUAUGUUGUUGAUGCACGCUUAAGCAGAGUUUGUCCUGAAACCUGUUCUUUUUUUUUCUUUCUUUUCUUUCUUUUUUUUUUUUUUUUUU